UGCCAGAGGCAAACUUCCUCCAGUCGCCAUCGGCAUUCCUCAUAGCGGCGUCGUGUCUCAUAUCAACAGCUGUCUUUUGUUUAUCAAUGGAGAGCUCGCACCACCGCGUUUCACGUUUACGCACGCACGCUUACACGCGUUCACGCAUCAUCACGCACGCGCGUUGUCGCGAGCUUGAAUCGCCGUGCGAUCACGAAGAGCCCUGCCCGCCGCGCCUCAAGACGCAGCGCAUCGUCAAGGUCGCAGGAUCGAGUCGAAGGACCGUCGAAUAAAUCCGAGGAGAAGUUCUGCUUUCCUCGUGGAAGGAAGGUCACGUGUCGAGAGCAAAGGGAGAGAGAGAGAGAGAAAGAGAGGAGUUAUAGAGAAAGGGCUUGAGAUGCCCGAGCGUCGACGGCUUUUCUCCUGCUCUGUCUCGAGUUCUCGAAGAGAGAGGUCGUUCUGAGGUCUUACCACGAAGAGAGAAUGCUCUGGGUAUCGCUCUGAGAGGAGUGAUUCUUACGAAAGAUUUUUGAAAAGGAAAAUUCUCAAGGAGACAUGAUUCUUGAGGAAAAUCCGGGAUUUACAGAAGAUUCCGUCAUAAGAGAAGUGACGCCGAGAGAUUAACGCGUUGCCCGGUAAAGAAGAGGCAGAUCCGAGAAUCUCAUCUUUAGAUAGAGAGAAUAUUUAAGUUUUAUUCCAAAAAGCAUUGUGAUUCUCUAGAAUUCCUACUUUAAGAGAAGGUGUCUUCGAAGAGACGUUGAAAAAAUUCUCAAGAUUGCCGAAGGAUUAACGGGCUCCUGAUAAUAGCGAGAGUUGUUCCAAGAGUUUCUUUCUUAAGAAGAAAGCUUGCGAGAGGUCCUUUUAAGGAAGUACUCUGCGAAAGACGAUGGAGCCCGGUAAUUCCUGAGGGGAGAAAGAAAGCCAGAGAAAAUACGUAGGGCGACCCGGCGAUAUCGAGAAUCGCGGGAAGGCGGCGGAGGGUCCCCGGGAUCUGAAAUUAGACCUCGAUCGAGCACUAUCGAGGAGGAGGCGGCAUCCGGCGAGAAUGCGCCUGCAGCGGGAGCAAUAGUAAAAAAAAAAGGGAACGAAACCGGCGGGCAGAUCAAGGUCAGGAUUCCUGGAGAACACGCGCGUGCUGCGUGGCGGGCGAAGUUCAGCCACGAGAGGCAAUUGAGCCGUUAAUUAUGGCUUAACAAGCUGUAACUAUACGGUGCAAAGUCGCACACGGUGUCGACGGGAGGAAGAGAGGGAGAGGGGACAGCAGGGAUCGAGAGAAAUGCAACGGUGGUGUGGCAAGAGCGCGAUAUUAACUCGCGGGGAGGAAUUUCUUAGGUAACCGAAUCGAGCGAAUCGGCCGAGGAGAGAAGAUUAGCGACUCGAGGCGAGUCGACCGUCGACGGACUUUGUACCCGCGAUACGAUGACUCAUUAGUGAAGGCGCUGAAGAAAACGUCGAGCUCGCCGCAGGGUAUGUGCUACGUACACAAAGUUAAGAGACGCAACGCGUGCGUGUAAGAGGCAUAACGGAGAGACCAGUAGGAUCUAGUGGAGGAAGGCGCAGCAGGACUGCAAGACAGUCAGCUACGUGCAAGGAACGUGUGAUGGUAGUGGUGCGCACCAGCUGACAGACGCGGCCGGGCUGAGAGUUCGUAAAUAUUUUGUCGAAUUUCGAGCUAAACAGACUUCACGAUGAUUCGGAUAUUCACCGACACCUUCAGGAACCUGAUAACUACGUCAGCGGUGAUCCUAAAAACGGAGAACGAGCACCAUCAUCUGGCGAGUCUAUCCGGGGACAAUAUCCUUGGGACGGGGGUGAGGAUAGGACGUGGCGAGGACGCAGUCGCGAGUGGUAGCGGCCCCGUUAUGGAUUCGGCGCAAUCGGCCAUGAUGAAGCAAGCGGACUACGUCGUAGACGUUGUGCUACCAACGGUCCUAAUUGCUUUGCUAUUCGUCGGCAAUGCGAUCAUCGUUUAUAUCAUCUUCCAGUAUAGAAAGAGAAAACUCCCGGCCGUGACGCAGGCCGAAGAGAUGGCUCUCCGGGGCCCGGCCGACGUGCCCCAGGUGUGAUUCCAGGGGCCCGGACUAAUGGCGCACGUGGACACCGGUUAGCUGCGAGGAGCGCUCGAUGUCCACGUGGUCAUCGAAAGUCGUCGCGGAUGUGCCAGGUCGUCGGACCCGGAAUCUCUGGAGUUCUCGCGACGACUCCGCGCAAUUAGUCGAGGCCGCGACACUGGGAGGAGACGGAGAGACUCGACACGUGUUGUUAGCCGCGCAUUUAGCGCGAAACGCGGCUGCCCGCUAUUCCGCGAUCGCUCUCUUUGCAUCGUCGAUUCGGUGAGAACUCAAAUUCCGAAUCGGACAACAACGAAAGACACCCGGAGAGGACAAACGGCCCGCGCUUCGCGCUGUUCGUUUCACGCUCCACAUGUAUCCGGCUGAUUGUCGUCUCACAUUCUCGAUGCACUCUUAAGACACGCUCCCGCGAAUUUCUCGGAAAGAGAAUGAGAGAGAAAGAGGGAGACGUUCAAAGCGAGACGGACGGCCGGGGCGAAAAAUGCGUUGCCAAAACGGGACGCGUGCUUGUGCGCGUCCGAGGCCCGUGCGUGGGCACAAACGGACUUACGGCCGGUUCGAUACUGUAUAACUCGCGAGCCUAUUACAUCAUGAUUUUACACAUAUACAUACACACAUGCAUACAUAUAUACAUAAGCAUAGAUACAUACACAUGUAUACAUAAACACAAACUUUACGUUACUGUAUUAUAAUAUAAGCAGAUAAUAUAUUCUAUACUUCGUCCAAAUUUGAGAAUAAGUUGAAAAUAAAUGAACGUUUUCUUAGUA